UUACAUAAGAGAAUGUAACAAUUGAGCCCUUACUGCUUCCCUUAACAUACACAUGACUAUUCAGUAGAAUGAUGUAUGUAACUCUUGCCUUGGUUCUUUUUGCUCACUUUUUCUCUGUUCAAUCAACCACAAGGAGCCCUAUUGUCAUAGUUCCUGGUUUACUUGGUAAUCAGUUGGAGGCUAAAUUAGACAAAGACUCAUCUCCAAGCAUAUUGUGUAAAAAGAAGAGUGACUGGUUCACUCUAUGGGUCAAUCUUGAUCUCGCUGCACCAGGUGUCGACGAAUGCUUUGUGGACAACGUCAAGCUAAGAUAUGAUGAGAAUACAAAAGAGUAUUACAAUAACUCAGGAGUUGAAGUGAGGGUUCCUGGCUUCGGUACUACCGACAGUAUUGAGUAUCUCGAUAAUUCUGCCAUUUACAAGUACCCAUACUUUAACAAGUUUGUCAAGUACUUUGAAGGAUUGGGUUACACUAAAGGAAAGGAUCUCGUUGGAGCACCUUUUGAUUGGCGAUUUGCACCUGAUCAGCUAUCAAAAUUAGGUUACUAUGAUGCACUAUUUGUGCUAAUAGAGGAUACUUAUCGUAAUAAUGGAGAGACCCCCGUCACUCUUAUUGCCCACAGCCUGGGAGGACCUAUUUCUUUGUACUUCUUGAGUAAAAUUGCUCCUUCAGACUGGAAGGAUUCUACUAUUAAGCAAUACAUAAGUCUCUCGGGUGCUUUUGGAGGAUCUCUCCAUGUUCUCCUUGGAAUAAUAUCGGGAGAUGUUGAGGGUGUGUUUACUGCAAGGCCUUUGGUACUUCGUGAGUGUCAGAGAAGCAACCCAAGUCAAGUUCUCCUAUUACCCUCGACACAACUUUGGAAAGAUGAUGAGGUACUGGUAGUGCAGCCUAAGAGAAACUACACUGCAUUCAAUUACGAGGAAUUGUUCACUGACAUCAGUUAUACCAAUGGAUCACGUAUAUACAAUGAAGUUAAGAGCCUCAUUUCUGAUUUCCCCCCUCCUAACGUGACCCAUUAUUGCUACUAUGGGACUGAUGUUAAAACCAUUGAUACAUAUAUUUAUGGAGACUCAUUCCCUAAUGGACCUCCUUCUGGUUUUGUUUAUGGAAACGGUGACGGAACUGUUAAUGCUCGUUCGCUCCAAACGUGCAAUUUGUGGAAAGACAAACAGGUUUAUCCAGUUACGAUGAAGUCCUAUUCUAAAGUAUCACAUUUUGAUAUGGUAUCAGAUGAAAAUGUCCUCCAAGAUUUGGGAAAGUUAUUAAGUACAUGAAAAUGUUCAGCUGCUGUUUUGUUAGCAUAAAGAGCCAAAAUUAUUCAUGAUUUAUUAUUAACCAAUAAUAAACUAAAAUUUAA